AUGGUGGCGGUUGACCUCCUGACCGCGCAGUUUCGCGAUGAGCGCGACGGGGCCGCUCCCCGCGAUGUCGACGGUUGCCAUCCCAACUGCGACUGUGAGCGGUUCGUCGAGCUGUGGAACCUGGUGUUCAUGCAGUAUUACCAGGACCCUGAGCGCAACCGCACCCCCCUGCCUGCCCCCAGCGUCGACACCGGCAUGGGCCUCGAGCGGGCGGCGGUGAUUCUGCAGGGCAAGAACAACAUCUACGAGACCGACCUGUUCACCUCCAUUAUCGACAGGACCUGCCGGCUCACUGGACGGGAGUACGGUGCGGACCCCGAGAGCGACUUCGCCCUGCGGGUAAUCGCCGAGCACGCCCGGGCUGCCGCCUUCCUGAUCGGGGACGGCGUGGUGCCGGGCAACGAGGGGCGGGGCUACGUGCUUCGUCGGGUCAUCCGGCGCGCCAUCCGAUAUGGACGGCGGCUGGGGCUGACCGGGCUGUUCCUCGGUGAGGUGGUUGAGGAGGUCAUACCCAGGUUUCAGGCUGUGUACGGGGAGCUUUCCCAGAACCGUGACUUCAUCCUUCGAGUGAUCAACUUGGAGGAGGAACGGUUCGCCGAGGCCUUCGGCCGGGGCAACGACAUCCUGCUGGAUAUGAUCGGCGCAGCGGGUUCCGCCGGCAACGGAACUUCCCAUGCAGGGACCAUAUCCGGGAGAGAUACCUUCGUCCUCUACGACACCUACGGCUUCCCCCCGGAACUGACAGCCGAGAUCGCCCGAGAGCACAACUUCGACGUUGACCUGGACGCCUUCGAAGAGGAGAUGGAGCGGCAGCGCGAGCAGUCCCGCGCCGGCCAGCAGUUCGAAGGCAGCAUGGAGAUGCUGACCGCCUACGAAAACCUGGGAGCGGGCCGGACCGAGUUCACCGGACACGGACUGAUCGACCAGGAAUCGGUGGUGGCCGCCCUGCUGGUCGAUGGUGCAUCCUCCGGCCAUGCGACGCAGGGGCAGCAGGCCGAGGUGGUGAUCAGCCGCACCCCCUUUUACGCCGAAGGCGGCGGGCAACUGGGCGACCAGGGCUACAUCCUUGGUCCCAACGGCCUCCGUGAACGCUGCCCGCAGGAUGGACUCGUCCCGAAACCACAGCGGCACCCACAUUCUGCACGCGGCCCUGCGGGCCACGCUGGGGCCGCACGUCCGGCAAGCGGGUCGCUGGUGGCGCCGGAAAGGUUGCGCUUCGAUUUCAGUCACGUGGGACGAAUGUCGCACGACGAACUGCUCGCGGUGCAGUCCUUGGCCAACGAGAAGGUCCGAGCCAACUUGCUCGUGUCGGCCCAGGAGACCUCGUAUGCUGACGCUGUGCGACAGGGUGCGCUGGCCUUCUUCGGGGACCGUUACGGGGACGUGGUGCGGGUGGUCAAAAUGGCCGAAGAUUCCGCCGAUCCGUUCAGCUUCGAGGUCUGCGGCGGGACCCAUGUCUCAGCCACUGGUCAGGUGGGCACGCUGCUGGUGCUGGGCGAGUCAAGCAUCGGUGGUGGGAUGCGCCGCGUGGAGGCGCUGACCGGUCGCGCCGCCGAAACGCUGUUCGUAGAGCAGUCGGCGACGCUGGAUGCCUUGUCGACCAGGCUGCAAACGCCCGUAGCCGACUUGGAGGCGCGGCUGGACAGCUACAUGCAGGAGACCGACGACCUGAGGCGCCGGCUUGCCGCCCUGGAACGCUCGCUGCUCCGCUCGGAGGCGGAGGCGCUGCUGCGGCGAGUGGCUGAUGUUGACGGCGUGCGGGUUGUAUCCGGGCGCACCUCGGCCCACAACGCGGACGGUAUGCGCGAGAUGGGAGACUUCCUCCGGGACAAGCUGUCAAGCUGCGUGGUUACGCUGGGGGCGCUGUCCGAAGGUAGCCCGAUCCUCGUGACGAUGGUCACCCCGGACUUGGUGGAACGGGGCCUGAAUGCCGGAAACAUCGCGCGCGACGCCGCCAAGCUGAUGGGCGGUGGUGGAGGCGGACGCCCCGAAAUGGCCCAGGCAGGCGGACGCCAGCCCGAGAAGCUGGACGACGCGUUGGCUGCCGUGCCUGGUCUAGUCCGGGCUGCCCUGUCGUAG